AUGAACGAUCUCACACCCCAAUACAAUACGCAAAUUUAUCCUACAGCAGGGCCUUCAAAUGGACUAAACACUUGUACUCCACCGGUUACCCCAACGGAUUGGUCUCUACCUCCUCAAUCUACUCUACUACCUCCGAACAUACCGUCUCAAUCUCCUACUACCUCAGGCCCUUCGUCGGGUGGACCUGGUCCAUUGCGAAGACGACGCUUUAGCGCCGCUAGAAUUCAACCUACUCGAAUCAAAAAAGUAAUGCAAGCAGAUGAGGAGAUCGGCAGAAUGGUAGCGUCAGUUCCUGUUGCUAUUGGCAAAGCCAUGGAGCAUUUUGCUGAAAAAUUUUUAUUGGCAUCUGCUCAAGUGACACAGACAUUUAAUUCCCGCACACUCACUCCCGUACACAUGAAGAUGGCAAUGUUAAACACACCUUGUUUCCGAUUCUUAGAAAACACAAUGAAAGAAAUAGGAAUACCUGGCAGGGCAAUGGAAACAGAGGCUUUUAAGCUAUCUUCACAGGCAAUGUACUCCCCCACCAAUAAUCAAGAACAGUAUCCGCAUAUCGAACAGGUCCUGUCACCUGUACCAACACAAGGAAAUUUCGUACCGCAUAUGCCAUUCGCUUUCAGUGGAACUACGGGUGUUCCGGCUUAUGAAGCAGCCCCUAUUCUCCAGAGCGAAGCUGUAGAAACAAUAGCAAAGAAAGCAACCGCUCGAAAGAGUGUUGAUGCUCCUGAUAGUGAUAAACCUAAGCGCGGUAGACCGAAAAAGAAGAAAGAUGAUAAAUGUAUAGAUGAAGCCUUAUGUGCAGAAGCUACACAUUGCAUCGAACAGGAGGAUAAAGAUCGAGAGUUGAUGCCGCCUCCGCCGUUACCAAUUGGCAUAAACCGUGCUAAGCCACUAGCCUGA